GUUCACAGGUUCAGUACCCCACACAGCAAGCAAGCAGGAAACAGCACUAGCAGUAGAGUACAGGAGGAGCGUUUGCGAGUGAGUUUUGCAGCAAUGGCGGCGUGGAACGGUGCAUUGCUCGCAGCGGCUGUGUUUGCUGUUGUUUUCUCCGCCGGUGUGCCAAGGGCGGCGUUGGCGGCGAGCAAGUUCGACGGCGUGGUGCAGCCGAGCUGGGCCAACGACCACGUGGUGUACGAGGGCGACCUCCUCAAGCUCCGCCUCGACAGCUCCUCCGGCGGAGGCUUCGCGUCGAAGAACAAGUUCUUGUACGGCAAGGCGACCGCGGAUCUGAAGCUCGUGCCGGGAGACUCCGCGGGCGUCGUCACUGCUUUCUAUGUGAUUGUCGUCGGCGGGGGACAAGCACAACGAGUUCGACUUCGAGUUCCUGGGCAACAGCUCCGGCGAGCCGUACCUGGUGCAGACGAACCUGUACAUCGACGGCGUGGGCAAUCGGGAGCAGCGCAUCGACCUGUGGUUCGACCCCACCGCCGACUUCCACACCUACUCCGUCCUCUGGAACCCCACCCGGGUCGUCUUCCUCGUCGACGACACCCCCAUCCGCGUCUACGACAACCGCACCGCCACCAAAGGCCACCACCGCCAUCGCCACCCAAACACCACCACCGAUUCCAACGCCGUGGUGCCGCAGUUCCCGGGGCCGCAGCCGAUGUCCGUGUACAGCUCGAUCUGGAACGCGGACGACUGGGCCACCCGGGGCGGGCUGGUGAAGACGGACUGGUCGCACGCGCCGUUCGUGGCCACGUUCCGGGACGUGAGCGUCGACGGGUGCCUUUGGGCGGCCAACGCCAGCGACACGGACGCCGGGGAGAUCGCGCGGUGCAGUGCUGGCGGCGGGGCGUGGGGGAAAGAGGCGGAGGAGGCGCAGGAGCUCACGGUGCACCAGAGCCACCAGCUCGUGUGGGCGCGCGCGCACCACCUCGUCUACGACUACUGCGUCGACACGGACCGGUUCCCCGUCCCGGCGCCCGAGUGCAGCCGGUGACCGCUGGUCAUCGCCGCCGGAUUCUUCAGUAGGAGUGAUGGAUCGAUCGAUCCAUUUAGCAAUGGCUGGUUUCUUCUGCUGCUUCAGUUUAAGUUGCGUUAUUAGCUUUCUCUCCCGUCUUUCUCUCCGGUGAAAUUCGAUCGAUCGUUCGUGGUUGCCAUGCCUGUGCCGUGGAAGGUGUAAUUGUGGUGCAAUUUGGAGGUGUCUUUUGUAAAAAGAUCGUCUGUGGACUGGAAAUGAUGUGCUGUCUGUUCUGAAAGUCUGGUUUUCUUCUCUGUCA